AUGGAUCGGAGUUGGAUGAAAAGACCACGCAUAACUGAAGAGUACGAGAAUGGGGUUGAAGAUUUCUUGCAAUUUGCCAAACAAAAUGCUCCAGACUUUCAUGGGGUAUACUUCUGUCCAUGUGUGAAAUGUUUGAAUGGUCGACGGCAAUCUUUGGAUGACAUUAGAACACAUCUGAUAUGUGAUGGUAUCUGUCCUACUUAUACAAGAUGGAUAUGGCAUGGUGAGUUAUCAGAAAUGUCAUCAACCCCUGGAAAUGUUGGAGUUCAUGAAGAAGUUGGUGAUCAUAUAAAAGACAUGCUACGCGAUCUUGGACAAGAGGGUUUUAGGCAAACACAUGCACCAUAUUAUGAAAAGUUAGAUAAUGAUUCAAAGACACCGUUGUAUGUCGAAUGCACUAAGUAUACACGGUUGUCAGGGGUGUUAGCUUUGGUGAAUUUGAAAGUAAGAUUUGGGUGGAGUGACAAAAGCUUCAACGAAUUACUGUUGUUAUUGAAGAAUAUGCUUCCUGAAGAUAACACGCUACCGAAGAAUCAUUACGAAGCAAAGAAGAUAUUAUGUCCUGUUGGAAUGGAAUACCAAAAAAUACAUGCUUGCCCUAACGAUUGUAUCUUGUAUAGGCAUGAGUAUGCUGAACUGCGCAACUGCCCUACAUGUGGCGUGUCACGCUACAAAGUGAAUUCCAACGAUUGCGGUGAAGAUGCAACCACAUACAAAGAUCGUCCAUCUAAAGUUUGUUGGUAUCUUCCAGUAAUACCAAGGUUUAAGCGAUUGUUUGCUAAUGCAGAAGACGCGAAAAAUCUAACAUGGCAUGCUGAUGGCAUGAUCAAAGAUGGAUUGCUCCGUCAUCCUACUGAUUCUCCUCAAUGGAAAACAAUUGAUCAGCUGUAUCCAGAGUUUAGCCAAGAUCCCAGAAACCUAAGGGUUGGUCUUGCUUCGGAUGGAAUGAAUCCAUUUGGAAACUUAAGCUGCAAUCAUAGUUCGUGGCCUGUUUUGCUAAUAAUCUACAACCUCCCUCCUUGGUUGUGCAUCAAGCGGAAGUACAUUAUGAUGUCUAUGAUGAUAGCUGGUCCAAGACAACCAGGAAAUGACAUUGAUGUGUAUCUUGCUCCCUUGAUUGAAGACCUCAGAAAAUUGUGGGUAGAAGGGGUUGAUGUGUAUGAUGGGAAUGCUCAUGAGACCUUCAAGUUGCGUGCCUUGAUAUUUUGUACCAUUAAUGACUUUCCAGCAUAUGGUAAUUUGAGUGGAUAUAGUGUGAAAGGCCACCAUGCAUGUCCCAUAUGUGAGAAAGACACAAGUUACAUCCAAAUAAAGCAUGGCAAAAAGACAGUGUAUACAAGACACCGAAGAUUUUUAAAACCUUUUCACCCAUAUAGGCGAAUGAAGAAAGCCUUUAAUGGGACAUCUGAGAUUGACAGUGCACCGAUUCCUUUGUCAGGUGUUGAAGUUCUUGAUCGGCAAUUAUUGUCUGUUGCCAUUCGUGGUAUAUUGCCUGACAAAGUAAGGGUUGCAAUAACUCGAUUGUGUUUUUUCUUCAAUGCCAUCUGUAGCAAAGUCAUCGACCCGAAACAGUUGGAUGAUUUGGAAAAUGAGGCUUCGAUUAUCAUUUGUCAGUUGGAGAUGUAUUUUCCACCAGCCUUUUUUGACAUAAUGGUUCACUUGGUUGUUCAUCUGGUUCGAGAAAUACGGUUUUGCGGGCCCGUGUAUCUGCGAUGGAUGUAUCCGGUGGAGCGGUACAUGAAGGUAUUGAAAAGUUAUACCAAGAAUCAAUAUCGGCCAGAAGCAAGCAUUGUUGAAAGGUACGUGGCAGAAGAAACUAUUGAGUUUUGUUCUGACUACAUUGAAAAUGCUUCACCUGUGGGUCUUCCUCUAAGCCGUCACGAGUCUAGCCACCAAGGUAGGGGGACACGAGGAUUCAAUGUUGUAACCAUGGAUCGCCAACAACUGUCACAAGCACAUUUAUAUGUACUAAACAACACAGCUGAAGUUAUACCAUACAUAGAUGCUCACAAAGAAUAUGUUACAACUUGUCACCCAACCAUGAAUAUGAUGCGUGUGUUGCAAGAGCACAAUAAGAGUUUCGUCAAUUGGUUUAGAAAAACAAUAUUUGCUAGCGACAACGCUUCUAAGACAUUAUCAUUGUUAGUUGUUGGGCCUAAUCUCAAUGUCUUAACUUGGAAGGGGUAUGAUAUCAACAAUUAUUCUUUCUACACAAAAUCCCAGGAUGAUAACAGCACUAUACAAAACUGUGGAGUAACGAUUGAUGCUCAUUCGGAGCACUUUAGUAGUGCAUUAGAUAAUCAUCCUAUUCGAGCAUCCAUGCCUUAUUAUGGACUAAUUAAGGAAAUCUGGGAGCUUGAUUAUGGUGAAUUUAGAGUGCCUGUUUUCAAGUGCCAAUAG